CUCAUUCACCCAUUAGUACCCCAACCACCAUCGGAAUCAUGCCCAAAGCCAAGAAAGCAGAAAAGGCACCACCAUAUGAGCCCAACAUCCCUGAGCCCAAUACGAGAGCUGAGCUGAUAAAAUACUGGAUGAAUCUCUCCCUGGAUGAUAGAACUGCUCAGAAACUGUUGUGGCUCUCAGAAGAAGGGACCAAAGUGUCACGUAUGACAGAAGACAUGUGCCCAGUUCUGGACAGACCUGAGAGAUAUGAGCAUUCACCACAGGUGCUGUGUAAGGAGGGUGUUUUGGGCAAUCGUGGGUACUGGGAAGUGGACUGCGAGGGCUGGGUGGUGAUAGGGGCCGUGUGUGAAAGUGCAGGACGGAAAGCAAAGGAUGGCCCAUGUGGCCUAGGUGAGAAUGACCUGUCAUGGGGUGUGGGCUGGGCUGGCUCCUGCUACCAUGUCUGGCACAGCGGGGUGAACACUGAAGUCCAGGCUCCCCUCUGCCCCACUAUUGGGAUCUACACAGACCAGCCAGCUGGCAUAAUCAAGUUUUUCCUAGUGGAGGGAGAGAACGGCUCCAAAGAAGUCAGACCGAUUCAUCGUUUUACAACCACCUUCAACGAGAAGCUCUUUCCUGGUUUCUGGGUGGGCAGGAAAUCCUACUGUUGGAUCCGAAAAAAGGACCAGGAAAUGGAUUAGGGUGACGUUAGGAAAAGAGGAGAGCUGUGCUAGAAUUUUAAAGGAGAAAGAGUUAUUGGUAGAGGACAAGAGAAGUGCCAAAUCUUGUCAUAUCCAUGGGAAUAAUUUAAGUAACUGAAACCUUUUGAUUGUUUGUAGAACUCAUGUGCUCUACAACAUAAGGUAUCCUGUAUUUUAAUUAACUACACAGUGUAGAUAUACAAAAGAAACCCUAAAUGGACCCAUAAAUUCUUAAUGAUUGCUCUAAAAUAUCAAUGUAGCUCAUUGCCAUCCAUUUCUGAAUUCACAGCUGU